ACCUUACACUUCUUCUUCUUCUUCUUCUUCAAUCUUAAGUGCUGUUCUACUCCUGUCUCUGAUCCAUCAUGGGAGGUCAUGGCAGAAAGAAGUUCUCACUCUUCAGCUUAUUCAAAGCAAGAAGGUCGUCUCAUCAUAGAGUUGAAGCUGAUGCAUCAUGGGACGACGUCGUUUACACAAGAAAAGCAUGGGCUAGUGACGAGGACAAGCGUUACUGGGUGGCUGAGCCAGGUAUUGACCGUAAAGCUUCUGCUUUCAUCGCCAAGUUCCAUGCCUCUCGUGUCUCUGAGUCCGAACGCCAAACUCUUCCUCCUUGCCAAACUCAUCAUAACUAGUCAUCAUCAUCAUCACCAUGAUGAUGAUGAAGAUGAAUGAAACAAGGCCUAGCUUAGGGCUUUAUUUAGUUUGGUUUGCUUUAUGU